CCCCGGAUGGGUGAGCUCGCAGCAAAAGCCGGCAGCAUUUUCGAGCUUGGCGACAUGGCUUCUGGAUGGAGCCCGAGCGGGAGCUCAGGCGCUGCACCUCUGCCUGCAGCGCGUGCGGGCGCCGGAGCCGCUGGACAGAGGCACUGUGGCUGCUGUGGCAGCUGCCGUCCAGGAACCUCCGAGCCAAUGUCAUCACCUGCAACGCGGCGCUGGAUGCCUGCGAGAAGGCGACCAGGUGGCAGCAUGGCGCUGAGAUGCUGGCGGCCAUGCAGGGGAGGCAGCUGCAGGAGAACGUGGUGUCCCAUAGCUCGGUCAUCUCCGCCUGUGCUAAGGGCCAGUGGCCUCAGGCCUGCAGCGCCCUGCUGCGGGCGGCUGACUGGAACAUCUACACCUUCAAUAGCGUGGCCAAUGGUUUUGCACAAGCCGGGCGCUGGCACGCUGCAGGCCUGCUGUUGUCGAUGCUUCGAGCUUACAGCGCAGAGCCGGACAUCGUCACAUACAACGCGGCCAUCAGCGCGUGCGAGGACGAGGGCGCCUGGCGCGAGGCGCUGCAGCACCUCGCCGUGCUGCGCCUUCGGCGCCUGCGGUGGGGCGCGCGCUCCAAAAACGCGGCCCUGGCCGCGGCGGAGAAGGGUCUGCAGUGGCAGUGGGCUUUGCUUCUCCUUGAAGACCUUCAGAUUCAGAAUGUUGCAGACAUUGUCAGCUACAGUUCCAGCUGCAGUGCCCUUGCGCGCUGCGGGAGGUGGCAGCUGGCGCUCGGCAUCUUAAGGCAGCUGGAGGAAUCGGACAUCCAGUGCGAUGUGAUGACUUGCAAUGCGGCGAUCAGUGCUUGCGAGAAGGGAGGCCGGUGGCAGCAUGCGGUGUCCCUCCUUUCCCAGCUGCAGGAUCGCAAGUUGCGGGCCACGUUGGUCUCCUACAACGCGGCCAUCAGCGCCUGCGAAAAGCGAAAGCAGCUGCACGUGGCGCUGCGUCUCCUCUCUGCUCUUCAGGACUCGCGGCUCACGCCUGACGUGGUGAGCUACAGCGCAGUGAUUAGUGCCUGUGAGAAGGCAGGGCAGUGGCAGCAAGCCCUGGCGCUUUUCGAGGAGAUGCACCAGCGAAGUGUGGCCCCCAACGUGGUGGCGUUCAGCGCAGCCAUCAGCGCCUGCGAAGCCCGGGGGCAGUGGUCACAGGCGCUGCUCCUGCUGCGGCAGCUCCAAGGCGCGCGGGUGCUGAGCGUGAUCGCCUUCAGCAGCGCCAUCAGCGCCUGUCAGAAGGGCGAGGAGUGGCAGAGGGCGCUGCAGCUGCUGAAGGAGAUGCACCACGAGAAGCUGCGCCGCGGCCAUUUUUCUUUAUGGGCGCCAGCAAUGCUUGCCGCUGGAAGAUGGUAUGCCAGCAUGCUUUUCCGGCUUGAGUUGGCGCAGCCGAACAUCGUCGCCUUCAAUGCGGCCAUCAGCGCCUGCGAGACGUGCCGCCAGUGGCAGCAGGUUCUGCUGCUCAUGGAGGAGCUCAGUGCCACCUCCAUUCCUGGAACCACUGUCACGUACACCUCGGCCUUGAGCGCCCUGGUGGGCGCCGGCUGGAGCCAUGGCCUGCGGCUGCUGGAGAAGUUCCGCAACCAACGUGUGGAAGGCAACGUGCUGACCUGCGAAGCCGCCUGCCGCCUGGUGGCGCAGCGAAGAGACGCACGGCAGCUGCUGCCGUUGCUGGGCCAGAUGCAGCGGAAGGGCCUGGCCUCUAUGACCUGACAGUAGUUGGGCAACAUGGCCGUAGCUCCAAAAUCGGGCACCUUCCAAACCC